GCGGCGCCCGGAGUAGUUGGAGCCAGUCAAGUGCGGCCGCCGAUGGGAGCCAAAGUUGCGCUGGGCUCGGCGUCGGGGGCUUGAGGCGGCUCGGCGCGGCGCCCGUCGGGGCCUCCGUGCCUUCCGCUCGCGCCGGGGCGCUCCGGGCGGCCGCGCCCGCCGGGCCCGCGGCCCCUGCCCUCGGGGCCUGCCGGCCGCCCCGCACCCCCGGCCGGGCUCCGGCUCCUCAGAGCCGCGGGUCCUCAGCAGCACUCCCGCGCGCGGCCCGGGCGCCCCGCCGAUGCCGGCCAUGGUGGAGAAGGGCCCCGAGGUCUCCGGGAAGCGCCGAGGGAGGAACAACGCGGCCGCCGCGGCCGCCUCGGCCGCCUCCGCCUCGGCCGCCUCCGCCUCGGCCGCCGCCGCCGUCGCCCCCAAUAAUGGUCAGAAUAAAAGUUUGGCGGCUGCGGCGCCCAAUGGCAACAGCGGCAGCAACUCCUGGGAGGAAGGCAGCUCGGGCUCGUCGAGCGACGAGGAGCACGGUGGCGGCGGCAUGCGGGUCGGACCCCAGUACCAAGCCGCGGUGCCCGACUUCGACCCCGCCAAGCUAGCAAGACGCAGUCAGGAGCGAGACAAUCUGGGCAUGCUGGUCUGGUCACCGAAUCAGAAUCUGUCCGAGGCGAAACUGGACGAGUACAUCGCCAUCGCCAAGGAGAAGCACGGCUACAACAUGGAGCAGGCCCUUGGGAUGCUUUUUUGGCAUAAGCAUAAUAUUGAAAAAUCACUGGCAGACCUACCCAACUUCACCCCCUUCCCCGAUGAAUGGACUGUGGAAGAUAAAGUCUUAUUUGAGCAAGCCUUUAGUUUUCAUGGAAAGACGUUUCAUAGAAUUCAGCAGAUGCUCCCUGAUAAAUCCAUAGCAAGUCUCGUGAAGUUUUACUACUCUUGGAAGAAGACGAGAACUAAAACCAGUGUGAUGGACCGUCAUGCACGGAAACAGAAGCGGGAGCGGGAGGAGAGUGAGGAUGAACUGGAAGAAACAAAUGGAAAUAACCCCAUUGACAUUGAGGUUGAUCCAAAUAAGGAAAGCAAAAAAGAGGUGCCCCCGACUGAGACAGUUCCUCAGGUCAAAAAGGAAAAACACAGCACACAGGCUAAAAACCGGGCCAAGAGGAAACCUCCGAAAGGCAUGUUUCUUUCCCAGGAGGACGUGGAGGCUGUGUCUGCCAACGCCUCUGCCGCCGCCACGGUGCUGAGGCAGCUGGACAUGGAGCUGGUCUCCAUCAAGCGACAGAUUCAAAAUAUUAAACAGACAAACAGUGCUCUCAAGGAGAAGCUGGAUGGUGGAAUAGAACCUUACCGACUUCCAGAGGUCAUUCAGAAAUGCAACGCGCGUUGGACCACAGAAGAGCAACUUCUUGCUGUCCAAGCCAUCAGGAAGUAUGGCCGGGACUUCCAGGCGAUCUCAGACGUGAUUGGGAACAAGUCAGUAGUCCAAGUCAAGAACUUUUUUGUGAAUUACCGACGCCGCUUCAACAUAGACGAAGUCUUACAGGAAUGGGAAGCCGAACAUGGGAGGGAGGAGUCCAGCGGGCCCAGGACUCAGAGAGCAGCCACAUCCCCUGGGGACUGUGCCAAGACGCUUGAGGAGGAUGGCGAGGCAGCUUCCGUUCUCGACGUUAGAUACGCAUCUGCCUCCUGAGACACGCUGGUCGCUCGGAACCCUGGGGGUGGACGCUGUGCUGUCCAGGGUAUCAGGUAUUCCGACAUCACCUCGCCGUCUGCAUCACUUCCCUGUGGACAAGCAGCUGUUACCAAAAAGGCACGUACUUCCAGGCCUCGUGCUAUCUGCCUUAACUCCCUGCUCGGUCCUCUGGUAGCAUCACUUCCUCUCACGCUGCCUGCGUGCUGGGGCCUCUGCAGCCCGAGCCCCUCCUGGCUCCCAGUCGGCGGUCUCCUCAGAAGGCGUGGCUCUGUUCCCGCAUGGCCUGUGAGCUCUACUUUGUGCAUAACGUCUUGCUUGGAGUGACUGAGACCCUGUUGGCCUUGUAGAAAGCGUCUCUUGUUCGUUCUGAAGAGCCCUCGGCACACAGCGUGCUUCUGUGGCGUCGCAGACUGCAGCAGG